AUGCCCUCCACUUCUCCCGGCCCAGAGGCAGUGCCGCCCAAGGCAGCCGCCGUAUCGAGUAGUGACUUCGCCCAGAUCUUGCCAGGAGCGCCGACAGCAUCAGUCCAGGCGACAGCAACCUUCAUCUUUCGGCAUAAACGAUAUGUGACAUAUAUCACCAGCUCACAGCUGAACAUUUUGACCGGACCAACGAAGCUUGUGCAAGCCCUCGCCUUUGCCGAAGGACUAGUCGCCGUAGCUGUCGAGUCGAAUACAGGGAAGAUUGCGGUCGCUAGCAAGAGCCAAGUAUACGUCCUUGAGCCCAUCGCAGAAGGAUGGACGAAAGUCUGGUGGGAGAAGAGCUUAUGCCUGUGCCUAUGCGUAGGCAAAGAGGGCGUAGAGGACGAAGCAAGCUACCUGAGCUGGGGCAGCGAAGGCGAACUACUGGUCGGUGGUAGUAAGAACUUGAGUCUGUUUUCUACAAUACCUUCGUCUCGCACAACCACGCCAGCGGUCAGUCCCGUGGACGGCGAGGCCGCAGUAGAAGAGAGGAAGGCAUUAUGGUCCAAGCCCGUCGCGUCAGCUAUCCAGUACGUGGCUCUCUGUCCUUCGGCGAACGUGAUAGCGAGUUGUUCGUGGUACGAUAGACUGGUCAAGAUAUGGCGUAGACUGUCAUUCGAGGAGGGUCUUUUCGACCAUACGUACCUUGCGCACCCAGCCGCGGUCACACAUCUCGAGUGGAGACCCCUGGAUCAGCAUAUGAAUGAGAGACGAGGUAGCAGUAUCAGUGGCCGGCAUGACGAGGAUCCGGAGGUACUCUGGACGAUUGCUACGGAUGGUGUGCUACGAAUCUGGCGUAUGGGAGGGAUGCAUGAUGCGGAUAUCAUGACACUACACACUGCUGUCGAUCUUGUAGGAGCUAUACCGCAGUCUCCAACCCUCAACACAAACGGUACUGCCUCGCACUCUGCAAAGCCACCACGCUACGCCUUCAUCAUACCAGCCAGCUCCUUUUCCGCCGCUGUCAACGCUGCGCUUGGACGAAGAACCAACGGCAAGAUCAGCCACUCACUCGAGCACCUCAAAGACGUCAUUACAAGAUCUCCAGAUGUGAUCGUCACUCUAGAUGGGCAUGGUCGGAUGUCAGCAUGGGGUGUACAGAGCAUUGGACAUAAACGACGGCCUGAGACCCCGAGUGCGGAGCGGGCGUUCCAUAUCGCCCAUGCUGAGGAUCUUGGCCUUACCGUCCGUGUGGGUAAGAACAUGAGGUUCCAAACGUGGUUUGCGGAUGACGCAUUUCACCUUGUAGCACACAGCUUUGACGGCCAUGUGCAGUGGUGGCGAGGUGACGUAGAGACUUUCUUCUCGCCAUCGGUAGCUGGUGGAGAGAGAUUACGCUUGGAAGCGGAUUGGUCUGGACAUGAUCGACCGCUGGCUGGAGCGAUAGCAUCUACCGAUGGCGAGCUCAUUACGUGGUCGAAGAGCAGCGACAUCAGUCUAUGGUCACGAUCGAACACGGGCCAAUUGGCAAAGAAAGGAGGGUUCUCCACGCAGAAGACUGUGUAUGCAGCUUCCUGUUCCGUUGGCGGUAAACUCAUUAACGUCGCUCACGACGAGAAAGUUGCGCUCUACAGGACCGACAGCAAGCAGGUCGACAGUCUAGUCCACGACCUCAGCUCUGAAAACGGUCUGCAGCUGGCGGAACUAGGCCAGGACGACAACAGUCAAAGCCAUGUGUUAUACAACAGAACUACAGCUCUCUUCUUCCGAGAAGUGGCAGAUGAAAUUGGGGAUGUCUUGCUCGAGCAUGUUGGUAUGAUGAACUUGGACAAUCAGUGUCUCUAUCACUUCAGUGCUGUCAGCGAUGAUGAGGUCAUGUACUUGGCAGUCGACUUGACAGGGACGCUGCGAAGACAAGUCAUUCCAACACCCCGUACCGAAACCGAGGAUGAACUUGACAUGCCUAUUUCAACAAACGAAACGAUCGAAACUGGCCUCCAGCAGCCUUCGCUACUCGAAGCCAAUGUCGAUCUCGCGGUCGCAGCAUCUGGCGAUGGCAACCGAUUCGUGAUCUUCGAUCUUCGAGACGGCUAUAUGGAGUACGAACAAGACUGUUCGCAAGCAGUGGAGUUUCUGAAACUUUACAAGAAUGCUGCUGGGAAUCAGUACUUGGCUGUGGGAUACAAGUCCGAGGUUGAGAUUCUGGUCCAAGGACGAUACGAGCAUCAUAGGGAGGCGAAAACGUGGUGCAAGGUCAAGCAGGUGUCUAUUGAAAAUAUAGGACUCAGCAUCACUACAUUGGCGUGGUGCGGUGACGGUAUGUUGGCUGUAGUCGCUGGGAGCGUGAUGUUCAUUACAAGCGAAACAGUCCUCGCGACGGAUCUUGAGCCUGAAGUGCAAGAAAGGCUCGACUUGGACGCCCGAACGAAAGACGAAUUAAAAGUGACAGAAGUCUCGGCUCGCCUGGCGCAGCCUGCACCGGUGUGGCACCCGCGUCUGCUCACCCAUUUGUUGUAUCAUGGCAGCUAUGCUGCAGCCGUCCGCAUACUCAGACAAUUGAGCGAGCGACUUAAGUUCUGGAGUGAAGGUGAGUAUCUGCAUUCGGCACUAGACCUGCCACACGAUGCAGUCAUGGAACAGUCCAACACAUCUGCCGAGUUGGACGACGCAACAGUACGUGACAUCCUGGAGCAGCUGGCCGCGAAGAAGCUACCCGCUAUCUCCGAUUCGGAACAGAGGCGCCUGCAAGCAGUCGUGGAAGCUCUACACUACAUCUCAAAAUACCGCCGUGGCUUAGACGAUAACGCCCUGCACUACCUCUUCAGCUUCAACCUCCAGCUGUCGUACAUGGCUGCCACCUCUACCACCACUACUAACCAGCCCAACGGCACGUCCCACAUCCAACAGCCACCUGUUCCCCAAAUGUCCUGGCACGACAUAACUUUCGCCAGCCACAGCAGUACCCAGCAACCCCUCCUCGACAUCCUGAUCCAGCACUACGACAACAAACUCGCCUGGCCCAUCGCCCGAGCCCUCGGUCUUACAACCUGGCUCUCCGACCGCGAAGCCCUAGCCACUGUCUUCGAGUCCCUCGCCCAGUCCGCAUACCGCUCCACUUCCCCUCCCGAUCCCACAAACGCAGCGCUGUUCUUUCUCGCUCUGCAUAAGAAAGCCACGCUACUGGCGCUAUGGAGGAUAGCGACAUGGCAUAAAGAACAGCGCUCAACCACCAAUUUCCUGAAACGAGACUUCUCCCUCCCCGAGGCCAAGACAGCGGCGCGGAAGAACGCGUACGCGCUGAUGGGGAAGCGGCGAUUCGAGUAUGCAGCUGCUUUCUUCCUUUUGGCGGAUGAUGCGGGAAGUGCCGUUGGUCUGCUUGCUGGGCAGUGUGGGGACAUCGGACUCGCUGUUGCAGUUGCGAGAUUGUACGGAGGCGAGCAGUCGGAGUGUCUACAAACACUCGUGAGGCAGAGGUUACGGCCGCAGGCCGAGAAAGAGAAUGAUCGCUGGCUGAUGUCGUGGUGCUUCUCGGCCUUGAAGGAGAGGCACGAGGCGGCUAAUGCGUUGAUCAAACCCCUGGACGGAGUGAGGAACUGGCAGCAGGACGAUCCAAGGACGAUGGUUCUGUAUCGACACUUGAGGAAGGACAGGUCGGAGCAGGAGGAGUAUCGAGCUGUUCUGCGCGCGGCGAGAAUCUUAAGGCGGAUGGGCUUCUGGGUGCUGGCGCUGGAGAUGGUGAAGGGCUGGGAGUUCAAGCAUGUAUCAGCUGCUGCAACCCACGCCAAUGGCAAGACUGCCAAUGCGGAAACCACGACCAACGGCAUCCACCACGAACGACCGAGCGCAGAAGAUCUGGCCGCCAAUGAGCCCUCGCUCCUCGACUCUUUCUCCUCUGUCCCGGACUCAGCGCCCGCGGUCAAAGCGGUCGAGGAGCCACCCUCCCGCGAAGCCCAAGCAGCUGCUUUACUAACGAAACUCCAAGCCAAGAAAGCACAGGCCCAACAAGUACCCACGAUGGCGGAGAAAGAGAAGCCGAAGCCGCCUCCUACACAAUUCAAGGAGCCGGAUGCGAAUAGCCUGCUCGAUUCCUUCGGAUUCUGA